AUGGCGUCGGCUUGUGCGCUGGAGCCACAACGCGAUAAAUCUGGAAUUUCUGGUGUUUAUAGCCAUCUUGAUGCACCCGUUUCCAGAGUAAAGUUGUUUAUCCCUCGAUUUCGUGCAAAUGAGCCUGCCUAUGUAAUCACUUGUCCAAGGUAUACUGGACGUGUCGGAUGUUUUUUAGAUAUGACGGAUUAUCCGAACGAUAAACACACCUGCUCAUUCAUCAUGUCAGCUAAAGACCAAACAAAUGUCGUUUUUUAUGCAGGACGCCGCAUGCAAGCCAACAAGGACUUUUCAGUGAACUUGCGGCAUGUAUUAACGCGGAAUGAUACUCGUCCAAGAGUUAGCGGAUGGCAGAUUAAUAAUGUAACAUCAAAAAUAAGUUUCUAUGACUAUUCUAAUAUCACUGAAACAAAGACGAAUCUACUGUCAAUCACAGUGGCAGUUCAGACAAUACAUUUUUCACGGAAUGAACCUUCACAUACAUAUACUCAGACUAUACCAGCUUUGAUUUUUGUUUCCUUCAAUAUCGCCGGCGCGCUUAUUCAAGAUCCUGCCCACUCAAUGUUUUUGUUCUUGAUAUGUCUACUCUUUCAAGGUCUUUUUAUUCGGGAUUUCGUCGGUAAAAUUCCUCUGUACUACAACUCGCUGCCAAAAAUUCUUCAAUUCCUGGUAGUGCAACUUCUUCUGUCUUCAUUUGGAUUCAUAUUCGUUACUGCAAGUGAGGUUCGAAGAAGAUUUCGAAAUCAACCUUGCAACAAGUCCAAAUUUCCUGCGACCUUUGAUGAAUGGACAAUGGAGUUCUUCCUAAAGAAGGCCUUCUCAUUUGCUGGUUCUUAUAUAGUUGUAUCUCUUGUAUCUAUCUUUAUAUUUCUAGUGUAA